UGUUUUAUUUUAUCAUGAUAUUUUAAAUCUAGAUACCCUGACUGUAAAAUGUUUACAUGGUUAAAAUUUACAACCACUGAAUUAGAAGAAGCUUGGAAAUAUAAAUUAUCAAGUAAAGAUAUUUUUGCUUGUAAGCAGCAUUUGCAUAAUUGGCCUCAUCGGAAGCUGUUACCUGUUCUAGCAUCAUUACCAUUAGAAAUAUUACCACAUCUUCCUCAAGAACUGUCUGAUAGAAAUUUAUCUUCUGCAAAAGAAAACUUGGAACUUCUACAAAGAAAAAGCAGAAGAAGGCGUAAGGAAAUUAAUUAUCGAGAAACCAAAUCUGAUGAAGAAAAGGAAUCUGAUAGUGAAUAUCAACCAUCCAGUGAAAACUCGAAUUCCUCUGUGAAUGUAAAACAUAAGAAAAUACUAAAGAAGAAGAAAGAAAUCCCUGAGACAUCAAUGACUGAAUAUCAAAAGAAAAUUCAAAAGAACAUAGAAGAGAGGCUGAUGUUUUUAAAGUCGCUGAAAUUAGAUGAGGCAAAACAGGAUUUUCUGGAACUCAUCAAGAAACCCAAAAGGGUUCAUAGGCCAGUUCCUCCACCUCCUCCUAGAGAAAAAAGUUCCCGUCUUCUUCAGAAAGAAAAGGUAUCAUUUAAUUUGCAGACAAUGAUUAAUGAAGCUCAUAAAAAGGCAAAAGAGGAAAUGAAAGAAAAAUGGAGGAAGAAGGAUCUCAUAAUUGAAAUAUUGAAAUGGCAUGAGAAAAAGCAUAGGGAACACCAAAAAAUAUUACGAACUAACACCUCUAAUCAUGUAUAUUUAUAAUACCAUGAUGCGUAAAUGUAAAAAGGAGAGAAAGAUUUUACUGUUGUAUGUAAUUUACUUUUUUUUUAAAUUAUUUUCUACUUGUAUCUGUUGUUUUUAAUUGUAAUUUAAAUCUAACUGGAAAAUUUUCUAAUUAUAAAAUAAAAGUGUAAUAUUUUUAAAAUAAAUAAUAAU